AACUGACACCCGGACCCCCCACUUCUCUUGCACGGUGCUGGCAAUCAGAUCGCGUUUAAGCAAUUUCCUGAGCCCAAGAAUAGCAAUGAGUUGGGAGACUUUGGCGGACUGAAAUUGGGAGCUGCAAUCACUCCCCAGGUUUUGUGUGUGUGGUGUUUUUUAUUUGUUUGUUUUUGUUUUGUUUUGAUUUCUCCUUUUCUGGAGGGGGCGCUACAAUUGGGAAACAGCUUUUUGUUUGUUUUUUUUAAUCUUGCACUUUGAAACCGCGGACUGUAGCAGUGUGCGCUCUUGUGGUUGGUGCUUUUUUUUUCUCCCCCCCUCCCUUCCCUUGCCUUGCUUAAACUCCACUGUCGGUCUGUAAACAUUACCUGUGAAUCGCCCAGCCGAAACGGCUGUGGAGGCAAGAAACUUCUUGUUAGAACUUCCCAACCCGGCCUCCCCGCUACCCCUCUCACCGUCCCGAUCUUCUGAGACGCUUUUCCCCCCUCUGUCGGAGCAGAGUUUAUACCCCCCCCCUUUUCCUCGCCCAGUGCUUUGCAUCUGGAAAGAGAUCUGUUCAAGAGUGGCCAGGUGGGACGCCUCUCUUUUUCCUUAUUUAUUUAUUAUUAUUUGGGGGUAUUUUCUUUCUUCCUUCCUUUUUUUUUUUUAAUUCCUGUUUUGCUUAGUCCGGGGAGUUUCGUCCACCGCCUCUUACCUCCUCCCCCUGUGCCCGGCUCCGCCGCGCGGAGGAUGGUGUGGAAAUGGCUGGGCGCGCUGGUAGUGUUCCCCCUUCAAAUGAUCUAUCUGGUGACCAAAGCAGCCGUGGGACUGGUGUUGCCCCCCAAGCUUCGGGACCUGUCCCGGGAGUCAGUCCUCAUCACCGGCGGUGGGAGAGGCAUCGGGCGCCACCUCGCUCGGGAGUUCGCAGAGCGUGGCGCCAGAAAGAUUGUUCUCUGGGGCCGGACUGAGAAAUGCCUGAAAGAGACGACAGAGGAGAUUCGGCAGAUGGGCACAGAGUGCCACUACUUCAUCUGUGAUGUGGGCAACCGGGAAGAGGUAUACCAGAUGGCCAAAGCUGUCCGCGAAAAGGUGGGUGACAUCACCAUCCUGGUGAACAAUGCUGCUGUGGUCCAUGGAAAGAGCUUGAUGGACAGUGAUGAUGAUGCCCUCCUCAAGUCCCAGCACGUCAAUACCCUGGGCCAAUUCUGGACCACCAAGGCCUUCUUGCCGCGCAUGCUGGAGCUGCAGAACGGCCAUAUCGUGUGCCUCAAUUCCGUGCUUGCACUGUCCGCCAUCCCUGGAGCCAUCGACUACUGCACAUCGAAAGCAUCGGCCUUCGCCUUCAUGGAGAGCCUGACCUUGGGGCUGCUGGACUGUCCCGGCGUCGGCGCCACCACCGUGCUGCCCUUUCACACCAGCACGGAGAUGUUCCAAGGCAUGCGAGUCAGGUUUCCCAACCUCUUCCCACCGCUGAAGCCAGAGACGGUAGCCCGGAGGACGGUGGAAGCUGUACGACAAAACCAGGCCCUCCUCCUGCUCCCAUGGACCAUGAACAUCCUCGUCAUCUUGAAAAGCAUACUCCCACAGGCCGCGCUGGAGGAGAUCCACAGGUUCUCAGGGACGUACACCUGCAUGAACACCUUUAAGGGAAGGACAUAGAGGAAGACACACCUGAGGAGCCAUGGAACCUGGGAGAAGCCGCAACCCCUGGGCACACGCCCAUGUGCCUGUGCAUUAGGAGCAUCUGCUGGGUGAGCAGGACUGUUCCUGUCCCCAGGGAAGAUUCUGCUGCUCCCAGGUCAACUCCAGGACCUUUGCAAGACUGAUGUGUGUAACUCUGACCCCCAUGGGGAGGCGAGAUGCCAUUCGGCAACCACCUGACAACUUUAUGCACUUCUCACUCUGUAGGGUUCAUUGUUAAAUUGCUUCUCCAGUCUAACCCGCCUGAGCAGUAUGCAUCUACGAUUUCCAGGAGAGUCCGCCCCCAGACACUCUGCCGUCCCCUCCAACCCCUCCCACCCUCAGCUCGUGCAAACUGGUUAAAGGGCAGUAAAUAAAGAGGUGGCUUUUGCA